GGCUUGGGGUGGUGCUUUCGGUGUGCAGAAACUCCUCGAUGUCGGUCGGCUUUCGUCACGAGGUCUAGCGAAGUCGCACCAACGUUGCAGCGCACGUCCGAGUAACCUGUGUGGGCCAUUCGAGACACACGUCCUCUGGCCGGGCAGCAGGCUCGUCACUGCAGAGACGUUGAGCAAUGACUUCCCUUGCUGCUCCUGACAAGGAGCCGCAACCAGUGGUGGACGAUGGGAUUAGUGGCGUCUCAAAAGUGCGCAAGGAUGGUGGCUUAGCGUGGCUGGUGUGUUUAGCGUCGUUCUGGGUGCACGGCGCUGUGUUUGGCAUUAUUAACUGCUUUGGUGUGCUCUACCCAGUCAUACAUGACCUUGCACCUGACAAGGAACAAGCGUCGUUCCAUGCGUCACUAGUGGGUUCACUAUGCGUUGGCUCGACGUUCGCCCUGUCGCCAGUGGCGAGUCUUCUGGCCGACAAGUUUGGAGCUCGGAUAACCGUGAUCUGCGGUGGCCUCAUUGGAUCCAUAGGGCUCCUACUAAGCUCUUGGGCAUACAAGGUACCAUACUUGUGGAUCACAUACGGUGGCCUGCUGGGAGUAGGAUCUACGAUGGCGUACGCGCCCUCUCUUGCUGUACUGGCACACUACUUCAACCGCAGGUUGGGCCUCGCGAAUGGAAUUGCCACCGCCGGAAGCUCUGUGUUCACAGCUCUUCUUCCAAUUCCACUCGCGGCCAUGAUGGAUGCGAUUGGACUUCAGAACACGUUUAGGGUAAUGGCCAUACUGACUCUAUCAGUGGCUUUAUGCGGCAUCGCGUUCAAAACACCGCUGGUCAUGCAUAGCUGGAUUGACGAGGAAAAGGAACCAAGCGGCUGCUGUGAGGUACUGAACAAGUCCAUAUGGAAGAAUCGACGGUUUGUCGUCUGGGUGAUCGCUAUCCCAUUGGCGCUGUUCGGCUACUUCGUGCCAUACGUUCACCUUGUCCAGCACGUGGAAGACGUCUUCCCCGAUGCCAAUGGCGAGACGCUCGUUACUUGCAUGGGCAUCACGUCGGGUUUGGGACGCAUCUUGUUCGGCAGGCUAGCCGACUUGCCCAGUGUUAGUCCCGUUGUCUUACAGCAGGUGUCGUUCAUGGCCAUGGGUCUGCUGACGCUUUCGAUAGCCGCUGCGCAUACGUACGUCUCCUUGGUGUUGGUGUGUCUGCUGCUCGGACUAUGUGACGGCUGCUUCAUCUCGCUCAUCGGACCAGCGGCGCAGAGGCUGACGGGAACACGCGGUGCUUCGCAGGCCAUCGGCUUCCUACUGGGCCUAUGUUCUGUGCCACUCACGGCUGGGCCUCCUGCUGCAGGAAUCCUAUACGACCAGAGAGGAAACUACAACCUCGCAUUCCUGCUGGCCGGCGUGCCUCCAAUUGUAGCAUCUAUUCUCAUGUGUUCCAUACAUUUAGUAAAAACGGGCCCCAUAGAGGAGCAGGAUGUUCGACCAAGGCAAAGCGACAUCCUCGGAGCGAGGCGUCACAGCGCACUCGUGGCUUCCGAGCCGUGAACCGAAGUAGCGGGACUACAUCACCGACUAUAUUCUCGCCAUGCAUACACAAGCCGAAUGAUUUGUGACGAUGGCUGAAGGCAAGAUGCGAGGAGGCAGUGAAAGCGCUGCUUCUUAACAGAAAAUCCAACGCCAGAACUCUGUGGAAUAAAGCAAACAGGGUAACUUUUA